UUCAAUGUAAUAAGAACGUUAACGAAUAAUGAGGUUCCACUUAAUAAAUGUGAUUGUAAUAAUAAUUUGCAAAGCAUGCAAAACCCAAGAUAUAAUACCAGAGCUAUUGUCAAGCGAAGUAUUGAUUGAUAGGGAACCUACAACAACAAGAACUUUGGAAACAAUCCCAACUACGGAAUGUACUAAGCAUAGAUCAUCAACCGAGACUUCAUCCUCAGCAAUGAGUAUAGAAAAUGAGUCACCCUCUAUAGAAGCAAUCACGACUGAAAGUUCAACCCAGAUAACAUCAGGCGAAUUCGAGCGAACCAACCAAGAAUUGUCAAAUCAAACAACUGAUAAUAAAUCUUCACUAAUACAGUUGGAAAAAAUUUCCACAGAAACCAAAGAGCAAAGCAGCUUAUUACAAUUAACAUCAGCAGAGACAACAACCUCUACAGCUAGUUCAGAAAGUGAGUCAUCUAUAUUGGAAACUAUUACAACUGAAAACACAACUCAAACAAUGUUAGAGGAAUUCCCAUCAACCAAUGAAGAAUUAUCUAAACAAAUGAAUGAUACUGAAUCUGCAUCGAUACAGUUGACAGCAAGCAUUCAACGAAGUAUCUCAUCAACAAUGAUAUCAGCAGAGACAUCAACCUCUACAGUUAGUUCAGACAAUGAGUUAUCAACAUGGGAAAUAAACACAACUGAAGGAACAAUUCAAACAUCAUCAGAGAAAUUGCUAUCAACGAAAACCCCAUAUACUGUAACGAACGAUUGGGAUAAGAAUUUUUCGACAACAACAUCAACAUUGACAGAAAUGCCAAUUGAACCAUUUGAGACCACUUUAUCGGAAUCCUCAUCAGUUCACUGUGCAAAUAGCGAGAAGCAUGCUUCAGUAGCAGCUCAAGAGGCCCUUUCCUUAACAACUGUGAUUUCCAAGCUAGAUUAUUUGACUGAUGAAAUUCAAGUGAUCUCCAAGAAAAUGGAAGAUUUUCAAAUAAGAUUACGCUACCAAGAAAAUAUUUCGGGACACUUGGAAAACCAUCAACUAAAAAGUAUUAUAGAGCUAAAAAAUCUCCUGCAAGAACAAAAUUUGAGGAACGAACAUUUGCUGCGGGAGAUUGAAGAAAACUGUAGCAAAAGAUUUCAGACUCAAGAAAGUAUUACUGAAAUGCUUUACCGAAAUAAAAUCAACUUUAAACAGGAACUUAACUAUGUCGUGGAAGCACAAAAUCUGAAAAAUGAAAAAUUAUUCCAGGAUAUGGAGGAAUAUCUCCGGAAAAGAUUUGAAAAAUUGCUAAAACAUGGCCAAAAAACAGCGCCAAAUCAAAACCAAGGAGUUGUUCAAAAUUCCCCCAUACAACCUGUGAAACAAAAUUACAAUUGGUUGGUCUUACUAAGACGACAAGAUGGUUCCGAGGAUUUCUAUCGCAAUUGGUUGGAGUAUAAGCAAGGUUUUGGUUCUAGCAAUGGGGAAUUUUUCAUAGGACUGGAAAAGCUGCAUGCCAUCACUACCUACGGUGGUACCCACGAACUUUUAAUAGUCUUGGAAGAUUUUGAGAAUAGCACUCGUUAUGCCUACUACGAUGAAUUCCUAGUGGGUAAUGAAGACGAACGAUAUGUUCUUAAGAAAUUGGGUAAAUACAGUGGAAAUGCAGGGGACGCCUUGCGUCUGCAUGUCAAUGCCAUGUUCAGUACUCAAGAUCGGGAUAAUGAUGUGUGGCAUCAAAAUUGUGCUGAGCUUUUUAAGGGAGCCUGGUGGUUUGUUCGAUGUUUUAAUAGUCAUUUAACUGGACCAUAUAUAAGAGCUUCCUCACCUGUGGGCUACAAUGAGAGAGGCAUAAUCUGGAAGUCAUUCCAUGGACCAAAAUAUUCAAUGAAAUUCGUUGAAAUGAUGAUACGUCCUAGACAUUAAUAAAAUUUUUUUUAAAGAUUUAGAGAAA